AUGGAACAAGAAGUUUACACAGCAUUAACAUUUGUUGAAUUAACAACAGUUCAUUAUCAACAUGAUGAUCCAUUUGGAUUAUUUAAUGCAUAUGUUACAUUAAUUCCAAUUGCAAUUGCAAUUGGUGUAAUUACAUUAAUUUUAUUUAGAAGAGAUGUUAGAACCAUUUCAAUAUUUCUUGGUUUAUUAUUUAGUGAAUGUACAAAUUAUGUUUUAAAAAAAUCAAUUAAAGAACAUAGACCAACAAUGUGGAAGGAAUUAAGAAAACAAAGUUAUGGAAUGCCAUCAAGUCAUAGUCAAUUUAUGUUUUUUUUUGCAGUAUUAAUGACAUUAUUUUAUUUAAAGAAAAGAAUUAGAUUUGGGUCAAAGAUUUUACCAAUUAUUAGUGUUACAUUUUUAUUUUUCUUAGCAGCUGGUGUUGCAUACUCUAGAGUUCAUUUAUAUUAUCAUACAGCUAAACAAGUAUUUUGUGGAUCUUUUAUUGGUAUUUGUUUAGGUUUCAUUUGGUAUGGAGUUAUAGAAUAUAUUUUUAGACCAUACUUAUUCCCAAUCAUUAUCAAUCACCCAAUUGGAAAAUACUUUUAUCUUCGUGAUUCUUCAGAGAUUGAAGAUUUAUUAAAUUUCGAAUAUACAAAUGUAAUGAAUAAAGUUAAAACUAUUAAUAAAACUAAACCAAUUAAAACUAAAUAA